AUGGCAGUCUUUACGAAGAACAGCGUUGUUGCCGUGUGCUUGGGGGCUCUCAUGCUCAUGACCACCCUUCUCUCCUCGGAAGGUUCAGAGCUUGUUGGAUGUUUGGAGCCCCACCAGAACUGCUUCCCAGAUGACUGCCAGAAGACAUGCGUGGACAAUAUUCUUGGAAAACAUGUGACAGGUUCCUGCGAACCGGAGCAUGGCCCGCUAAAACCGUAUCCGGCGCUUGUGUGUUGUUGCUAUAGAGAUGGUUUUCAAAAAUGA